UAUAUAUGUUUUGAAGCAAAUCUAAGUAUGCAAGUUGUAAUUUAGAGAAGCUAUGAGAGAUCACUCAAUGAGACACAGGACGGAGAUUGCUGGAACAUCAACUGAUCAGCUGAUGAACAAGGGAGAUCAUGGUUCGGUUAACACUAACAAGUUAGCAACGUCCAUGCAAGAGGAGUUCAAUAAAUUGCGUCCUUUCUCCGAUGAGUGUUCAAUCUACAGGGUUCCUAAAAGACUACUCAAGUUAAAUAGACGAGCUUAUACACCUCAAGUAGUCUCCAUCGGCCCACUUCACCAUGGAAAAAAAGAGCUACAAGAAAUGGAAGAGCAUAAGAAAAUGUACCUUCAAGAUUUUCUUAAAUUCAGCGAGGUAAGCCUUGAGGAUUUUAUUGCAUUUAUUGCAGAGAAGGAAACUAGAUUGCGAAACUGUUAUGCGGCAACCUUUGAAAAGCUUAGCAGUGAAAAAUUUGUGAAAAUGAUGCUUCUCGAUUGCGCCUUCGUCAUUAUGGUCUUACUGAGGGCUUGGUACGGAAAUAAUGGAUGCAGAAAUGACCGUAUAUUCGGUAAACCUUGGAUGAUCAGUGAUGUAUCCAGGGACAUGUGCUUGCUUGAAAAUCAGCUUCCAUUCUUCAUUCUAGAAGACUUGAAUAAGCUAUCCAAAAUAAGGUGCCCUAUUUCCUUGAAGGAGCUCACCUUUGUAUUCUUAACAAACAGAUGGUCUUCAUGGGUGCCCCAGGACAAUUUGGAGAAAAUCAAAUUCUGUGAAGCAGAGCAUUUUGUUGCUUUUCUGAGAAUCUGUCAGCAGCCAACAGAGCAAAAACAGCAAAAGAAAAUUGAUACUCUAAGCACACCCAGUGCAAUGGAUCUCCAUCAGGCUGGAGUCAGGUUUAAGUUGGGGUCCAGCAAGAAACUACUAGACAUAAAAUUCGACGCUGAUAAAGGGACACUGGAAAUUCCAUGUUUAAAGAUUGUGGAUGACACAGAAACGUUAUUCAGGAAUGUCCAAGCCUUUGAGCAAUGCCAUUCCGAUUCUGGUUUUAUAGGUAACUAUAUCACGAUGAUCAAUCUGGUUGUCCAAGCUUCCAAGGACACAGAAAUACUCGCAAGAAAAGGAAUUACAGAGAAUUGGCUACGUGAUAACGAUGCCCUCUUAAGUCUUCUCCACAAUCUUUCCAAAGAAAAUAUUGUCGAUAGGCACGAUUUCUAUUUUUCUGAUGUCGUUGAACAUCUGAACAAGUAUUACUCAAGGCGUAGGCACAAAUGGAAGGCAGCUCUGAAACAGAAGUAUUUCGACAAUCCGUGGACCAUAAUCUCUGUUAUUGCAGCUGGAAUUCUCCUCCUACUUACUGUCAUACAAGCAGUGUGUUCUAUCAUUCAAGUUGUUUAGAUUCUGCCAUUUCAAUUGUUCUUUUGUUUCUUUUUUUCUGUAAAUAAACAGUGUGCUCUGUGAUUUCCUCUUCUGAAAUUGCAAUGUAUUUCCUUCAGUAACUAAUCCAUGUUGGUUUCUUCCA